AUGCCGCCUGCACGGACACGCACAGCGCUCGAGACGUGUCCAUACAGCGGGCACAGUUCGCGCGAGCUGCACUUCGAAGGUACACGCGCUGGGUCACGCGACAAGUGCCCCAACGUUGAAUUCAUUGGGAAACCCGCGGACGACACGGCGGACGGCCUGGGCGACGCGAGCCGUGUCGAGCAUCACGCAACGCGCGUUGGGCGAGACGCUUGCGCAGUGAGCUGCACGGGCGCUAGCGCCGACCUCGCGCUUGACCGCCACCUCCACCUCGGCGAUGUCAACGUGCACGUCCACCGCGAUGUGCACGGCUAUCACAACAGCCCGGACGAAGCCCGAGGCCCUCGCGCAGUCUCCAACGACGCGCGAUCUGGGAAUGUACCCCGCGGUAGACAUGUUGAACAAUCUGUUCAACUAGCAUGGCCGCGUGGUCUGCUCUCUGCGGAAGACGUGCACUGGACACACCAUCUGGGUCGGACACACUCGCUUUGUGCUGGUGAAUGGUCAACCGACGUCUCUGGUCGGUAUAUACCCUCGGGCGACUUCUCUCUGGCAUAUCUCGACCUCUAUGGCACACAGACCCACCUCGGCACUUGGACGGGCCAUAUCCGAGUCUUCCGCGGCAGAAACUCUCGCAUGAAGGGAUUCACUGCUCAGACGACCGCCGCCGCGACCACCGUGAAGAUCGCGCAGGAAGUGAACACUCAAGACGCUCAAUCACCGCCUGGUGUGACUGAUCUUUGCGUCCGGCUGCGGCGCAUGAAGGUGUUACGCGAAGCGUGA